AUAUAUAUAUAAGAUUCAUCCCGUUUAUCCUCUUUUAAGAUUCAUUCAACUUUUCAAAACAAACCUUUUCCAAGUAUUUGUUUUGAUCCAGUUUGCAUUUCCAUCUCUGGAAAACCAAUAAUUGAAGAUGGCCCAAUCUGCACAAAACCCUUCCUCACAGCAGCAGAGAGUUAUAAUAACCAACAAGCAUGGCAAUAAACUAGUAGGCAUAUUACAUGAAGCUGGAACCAAACAGAUUGUUAUACUAUGCCAUGGUCUUCGAGCCUCCAAGGAAGACAUUAUCAUGACACAACUCGCGGCUGCUCUAGAGAAUGCAGGAAUCAGUUCUUUCCGCUUUGACUUCACUGGAAACGGGGAAAGUGAAGGUUCGUUUGAAUUUGGCAACUACUGGAGGGAGGUUGAUGAUAUACAUUCUGUAGCUCAACAUUUUCAUGAAGGAAACCGUAGAGUUAUCUCAAUUGUUGGGCACAGUAAAGGUGCUAAUGUGGUGCUUCUUUAUGCUUCAAAGUAUAAUGAUAUUAAAACCGUUGCCAACCUCUCUGGUCGCUAUGAUAUGAAGGCAGGCCUUGAAGAUCGUCUUGGAAAAGAUUUCAUCGAAAGAAUCAGGAAGGAAGGUUUCAUCGAGCUGAAGACUAAGUCAGGAAGUGUUGAUUAUCGCGUUACUGAGGAAAGUUUAAAGGAUCGGUUAAACAUAAAUAUGCAUGAAGAAUGCCAGCAGAUUGACAAAGAAUGCAGGUUCCUUACUGUUCACGGUGACGCGGACAUAAUAAUUCCUGUUGGAGAUGCAUUUGAGUUUGCCAAGAUCCUACCUAAUCACAAGUUACAUAUUGUAAAAGGAGCUGACCAUGUAUAUACUGAUCAUUUAACCGAGCUAGCUUCAAUUGUGGCGAAUUUUUUGAAGGAAACUUUUGCAAAGGAACAAGGUUAAUGCUAGUUAGGUCUCUAAUGAACCUGUCCAUGCAUUAUGCUAUAUAUUGCACAUUACAUGGUGGUACAUUUCAGAACACUGCUAAUGUGUUGGAGUCCUUGACUACUUUCCAAUUUAUUGAAUGGGAGAAUCAUGGUGCGUUGUUACAGUAA